UCCCAAAAACCCUAUUAGAGAAAAAAAGAAAGAAGCUAGGAGUUAAAAAUAAACCUCAUUCUGUCUCUCUUCUUCUUCUUCUUCAGAAGACAGAGGAAUUAGAGAAAGAAAGCUUGUAAAUAUACAGAGAUAGAGAAAAAAAUUUGGCAUUGGCAAUGGAUUACGAGAGGAUAGAGAAAGUGCAGAAGAGCAUAAUCUCGCCCACGAAGCUGCGAAUGAAGCUAAUGGGUCCACUCAAUAACAUGAAGAGAGAAGGAUCCAAGUCCAACAGUAACUCUUCAAGAACAUCUCCUUCUCGUCUUCAGAUUUCAGAUGACUCUGAGUUCUCCAAGAACUGCUUGUUAGCUUCUAAAUCUUUUUCAGACGACGAUGAUAAUGUGGCGGCUUCAACUACGGAUAAAGAAGUAGCUAAACUGCCAAAUGAGCCGGUUUUGGACAUAACCGAGAGCGAUAAUCAAGCCUCGAUACAUCGAUGUGAAGGUGUUCUGAGGGAAACCGAUCAACUGAGACCUCAGCAAUUUAGAAAAGGGGACUUGAAUAUGGCUCCUCCUCAUAUAAUGAGACCUCAAGAAGAUGAAAAUCUUGAUUAUGACAGUAACGCUAGCUCUUCAAGCUUCGAGUUUCACCGAGCUCGUGGUGAGCGUUCGAAUCAGAAUCAUGGCUCAAGAGGAUAUCCUUCAAGACAAAUGCCAUCCAAAUGGAAUGAUGCUGAGAAGUGGAUAAUGAGCAGACAGAACAUGGUGAUGAGGAAGAACGGUCAAGGGAACCGAAUGCCCGUGAGAGUUGUGCCUGAUAAUGCAGGUUAUGAGCAUAACAAAUCUAGGAUGGAUCUGUGCCAAUCCUCACAAGUUGAUGGGCUCGAGAAGUUCCCUAAUUUUGUUCCCUCGGCGCCACAUCCAAUUCUAACUCAAGAGUAUGGAGGAGACUCGUUGAUCGAUCAAUCCACACAAAGCAAUGAUCUUGUGGAUACUGCAAAGGUUCCAUCACAUGAUAAUUCAACAGGUGGUCAUGCGAUUCGUUCUGUUUGUAUGAGAGAUAUGGGAACCGAAAUGACGCCAAUACCGAGUCAAGAACCUUCAAGAUCGGUCACACCAGUUGGUGCAACAACUCCUCUUCGUAGCCCGACUUCAUCUCUCCCUUCUACUCCUAGAGGUGGCCAACAAGAGGAAUCUUCUUUAUCGCAAAACCAGCCGAAAAACACAAGAAGAGAACUAUCUGAGGAGGAAGAGAAAGCGAAGACGCGAAGAGAGAUUGUAGCUCUCGGAGUUCAGCUAGGGAAGAUGAACAUUGCCGCUUGGGCAAGUAAAGAAGAAGGGGAGAACAAUAACAACAAUGGAGAUGCAGAGGAGGCACAGAAGAUUGAGUUUGAAAAACGAGCGACUGCAUGGGAAGAAGCAGAGAAAUCCAAACAUAAUGCAAGGUAUAAGCGUGAGGAAAUCAGAAUCCAAGCUUGGGAAAGUCAGGAGAAAGCGAAACUCGAAGCAGAAAUGCGACGAAUCGAGGCUAAAGUUGAGCAAAUGAAAGCUGAAGCUGAAGCAAAGAUAGUGAAGAAAAUUGCAAUGGCUAAGCAAAGAUCAGAAGAGAAACGGGCUUUAGCGGAAGCUAGAAAAACCCGUGAUGCGGAGAAGGCAGUGGCUGAAGCCCAAUAUAUCCGGGAAACUGGUCGAAUACCGGCAUCAAGUUACAAGAUAUGUUGUGGUUGGUUCUCAUGAGGCACUGGAUUGAGUUUUCGGUGUUUGAGUAAACCUUGAUUGGAUUAUCAAACCCCUUUUUUGUAAUAUAUAAAUGGAAUGCAUAGUAUGUUGCAUAGACUCAAAAAGAGAAUGCCAAAGAUUGUGUCUUAA